UUCACAAGGGCCUAUUGAGUCCUGGUUCUCGCGCGCACGCGACAGACUCGCUGCUCCAUCCUUCUUGGUCAGUAUUGGCUUCAUAAAUGGUCUGAGAGUAGUGUCAUUGGCCACUAACCGUGCGAGGACAGACCAUGUAUAUAUUUACUUUGCCUCGAUUACUUCUUCUUGGCGUCUUCGUAAUGAAAACAUCCACAGCACAAAGGAUAGACGAUCCAUGCAUUCUCGACCUCGCAUUUAUUCUGGACGCUUCCGGGAGCAUUGAGUUAGCCUGGCCCGAUGUCCGGAGAUUUGUUGCUGGAGUUGUUGACUUAGUGAACGUAUCAUCUGCGGGAACACAUGUUGGUAUAAUAAAGUUCGGCUCAGACUCCGACAUCGUAUUUGGGUUUAACGAGGGUCAAGACAAAGACGCCGUUAUUAGAAGAGUCUUAUCUCUCCCUGGGCCUAUACCGUUUGAUAACACGCAAAUACACAAGGCGUUGAACGAUGCAAAUGAUAAACUUUUCGAUCCAGUGACAAAUACCUAUGGAUUCAGAACAGAGGAGAAUGUACGAAAGGUUGUUCUAAUUGUAACCGAUGGUGUUCAAACUCCUCCGGGCAAUCCUUAUAUACCAGCUAAUAAACUGAAAGACAGGCGCUUUGAGAUUUACACUGUUGGCGCAGGAGAGGCCAAAUUUCACUACCGUGAAUUGGAGAAACUGAAAAACAAAGACGUUUUCUUUGUUCCCGAAGCAAGGGAGCUACCUAACCUGAUUAACCAAGUGGCCCAGUCAAUAUGCCCAAGAUCUAUCAGCAUAACGGUCAUUGGCCCUCCUGGCGAGUCCGGAGUGAUAGGAUUUAAGGGUUUCGCAGGAGCACCCGGCACGCGUGGUAGAUUAGGACCUGAGGGACCGAAGGGAUUCCCUGGGAACAAAGGUGGAGAAGGUUCCAGAGGUGAACCAGGCCGUCAAGGGCCUCCCGGUCCACCUGGAUCAGUCACAGGCUUACCAAGAAUUCCAGGGGAGAAAGGUCCUUUAAUUCAAGUCAGCGUAGUUCCUGAUUCGCAGGCUGCCGGGCUUGGAUUGCCUGGAAAAGAGGGAGAUUCAGGACCUAAAGGAUACGAAGGAGAGUUCGGUUUACCAGGGAGAGAAGGAAAUGCUGGAGACGAUGGACAACCAGGUUUUCAAGGUCCUCCUGGUCCGCCAGGCGAAACUGGCCCAGAUGGAGCAAAAGGACCCGAAGGCCAGAAGGGAAGUCCUGGUCCAGAGGGGUUCGAAGGAACCAGGGGCCCAAUGGGGGACGAAGGUCCCAUGGGAGCGCCCGGCCCUGUUGGCCCCGAGGGUCGAGAGGGACGGUUAGGCAGUGUGGGACAGCAGGGACAGGAUGGUGAAUUGGGUCCUGCAGGUGGUACAGGAAAUCCAGGGGCAGAUGGGCAACCUGGCAUGAAUGGAUUAUCUGGUUCCAGCGGACCAGCUGGGUAUCCCGGACCUCAAGGGUUGGAAGGUAAGGAAGGACCAGGCGGCUCAUUUGGAGCCCAGGGUCUUAAAGGCGCGACAGGCAGUCCCGGAUUACCUGGUAAACCCGGAAUUAAGGGAAGUCCUGGACAAGACGGCGACACUGGCCCGAUGGGAGAUGUCGGCGCUCCGGGUGAAACCGGAAGUGAAGGAAUUCCUGGAUCUGACGGCGGUUUAGGCGCACGAGGUUUUGCUGGCAGACAAGGAGAACUUGGAGGCUCGGGAGACUCUGGGCCAGCUGGACCAACGGGAGGACAGGGACCUGGAGGAGUUAUUGGUCAACCAGGCGAUACGGGACCUGCCGGCGCUAAAGGAACUAAGGGCGAAAUUGGAAAGACGGGAAGUUCCGGAAGUGGUGGUGAAAAAGGAACUGCGGGUCUUGCUGGACAAAGUGGAGGCCGAGGACGACAAGGCCCUACGGGUAAAAAGGGAGGACGUGGUGCCGCGGGAAGUCGCGGAAGAAUCGGUGAACGCGGCCAGCGAGGAAUGCGUGGUGGUGAGGGAUUCCCUGGUGGCCCAGGUCAGCCAGGAAUAACGGGACCUACUGGCAGUCGUGGAACAAGAGGAGCCAGAGGUGAAAUAGGAGGACAGGGAGAAGGAGGUUUACAAGGCCCACCAGGAAUAUCCGGAGAAAGAGGUCGUGAAGGACGACCCGGGCAGGAUGGACAGGCGGGGUCGCCAGGAGAAGGGGAUGAAAAGGGAGACGAUGGAGUAACAGGAGAACAAGGAGGGAAGGGCCCUUCCGGAGAACAAGGAAUCGUUGGACCUGUCGGUUUGAAAGGCAGCAUGGGCUUUGAAGGAAAAGUUGGGAGUCAAGGAGAAAGAGGGCCGGCUGGGGCAAAGGGUGACUCGGGGCCCCCAGGAAGUCAAGGAGAACGAGGAACCCAAGGAGGAGAGGGUACCCAGGGUGCACCAGGCUUACCGGGAACAGAUGGUGAAACGGGAGAAAUGGGACCGGACGGAAUUGAUGGUGAUGUCGGAUCAGUGGGGCAGAGCGGCCGGCAGGGAACCAAAGGUAGUUCUGGCUCGAACGGAAGACCUGGACAAAGGGGAAAACCCGGUAACGCUGGUCUAGUUGGAAUUCGUGGAGAUGAGGGCUUGCCAGGUAGACCUGGAGAUCAGGGAGAUCAAGGAGGCUUGGGAAAUUCCGGUGAGAUUGGACUUGUCGGCGAGGCUGGCGUUCAGGGAUCUCGAGGAAUAACUGGCGUGGCUGGGCCUGCUGGAGCUGUUGGAAUGGCAGGAAGGAAAGGAGAAAUUGGUGAGGCUGGACCAAGUGGCAGAGGCGGGAGACCUGGCCCUAGCGGACAACCGGGACCUAACGGCGAACCCGGAGGACAAGGAGAGGUCGGGCGAAGUGGACCACCUGGAGGUUCAGGCUCGACAGGUGGCCCUGGAACUCCCGGAGAGAGCGGCGAAGAUGGUCCAAAAGGAAACCAGGGAAAAUCUGGACUGCCAGGAUUUGCAGGGGGAAUGGUAAGUACAACAUUCUACCCUCUUGCACUGCACAAUUUUCACGUUACCAAAUUCAGUCCCAGUUACAGUGAAACCCCGUCUUACGGUCACCUCGUUAUUACGGCCACCUUUUUUUGGCCCGACGAAACGCCAAUACAUUUUCUAAUAAGAAAACCCCGUUGAUGCGGCCACCACGUA